AUGCGACCAGGCAUCAGAAACACUGUAGAGCGCCUCGACAGGCCGAGCGCCUACUACCAGAACCGCAACAAGAGGAGACGCGAUCGCGAUGACGACCAGGACCAGCCUUCAGAGCCCCAGGCUGACCCUCUAGCCAAUGCCACAACCCUCUACGUCGGCAACCUAUCCUUCUACACAACCGAAGAGCAGGUCUAUGAACUUUUCGCAAAGUGCGGCGAGAUCAAGCGCCUUAUCAUGGGUCUCGACCGCUUCAACAAAACGCCUUGCGGUUUCUGCUUUGUUGAGUACUACACACACCAGGACGCCCUGGACUGCCUAAAAUACAUUGGCGGCACCAAGCUCGACGAGCGCGUCAUCCGUACCGACCUGGAUCCCGGCUUUGAAGAGGGACGUCAAUUUGGCCGUGGCAAAUCUGGUGGUCAAGUUCGCGACGAGUACCGUGAGGACUUCGAUGAGGGCAGAGGAGGUGUUGGCAGAGCGAUACAAGCUGAAGAGCGAGACGAGUACGCUGAGGGGAAGUAA